GACAAGAGUGGGACAGUGACGUUAAAAAAAACUGCAAAAAUGGUGCUGGAAAGUACGAUGAUCUGUUUCGACAACAGCGACUAUCAGCGCAAUGGGGACUACUUUCCCACACGCAUGAAUGCUCAGAAAGAUGGGAUAAAUCUGGUAUGUCUUACAAAAGUACGCUCCAAUCCAGAGAACAAUGUUGGCCUGAUGACAAUGGCCAAUACUGUUGAAGUUCUGGCUACUCUGACCAGCGAUGUGGGCAGAAUUUUGUCAAAAAUGCACUUGGUACAGCCCAAGGGGAAUAUCAACUUGCUGACUGGCAUCCGGAUUGCUCAUCUGGUGCUGAAACAUCGUCAAGGAAAGAAUCACAAGAUGAGGAUUGUGGUCUUUGUGGGAUCUCCAGUGACCAAUGAGGAAGGUGAACUUGUGAAGCUGGCCAAGAGGCUGAAGAAGGAGAAAGUCAAUGUGGACAUUGUCAGCUUUGGCGAUCACUCGUCAAACAAUGAGAUUCUCAAUGCAUUUAUCAAUGCUCUCAAUGGAAAAGAUGGCACAGGAUCUCACCUGGUGAGCGUUCCACGUGGAUCAGUUCUCUCCGAAGCACUGAUUUCUUCGCCAAUAAUCCAGGGCGAGGAUGGAAUGGGCGGUGCUGGCCUCGGAGGAGCUGGCUUUGAGUUUGGUGUUGAUCCCAAUGAAGAUCCUGAAUUGGCUCUGGCACUCAGGGUCUCAAUGGAGGAACAGCGUCAGCGUCAGGAAGAGGAACAGCGUCGUGCUAUAAUGGCAGAUGCUGCUGCCAAUCCAACUUCUGGCACUGCUGGGCAAGAGACCAUUGCCGAUGAGCCACAUUCGGAGGAGACACUCCUUCAGCGAGCUCUGGCACUGUCAACUGAGACUCCGGCUGAUGAUGAUGGCAUGCCGGAUUUUGCCAAUAUGACUGAAGAGGAACAGAUUGCUUUCGCCAUGCAAAUGUCUAUGCAAGAUGCACAAGAACCUGUGGCUCAGGCUCCAUCUCGUCCCAAGAAAGAAGAGACACCAAUGGAGGUAGAUGAAGAUUACAAUGAAGUGAUCAGUGAUCCUGCAUUUCUUCAGAGCGUCCUCGAAAAUUUGCCCGGAGUUGAUCCUCAAUCGGAAACAAUUCGAGAUGCUGUUGGUUCACUCAAUAAGGAUAAGGAUAAGAAGAGUGGCGAUAAAGAGAAGGAUAAGCAGUAGAACGGAGUGGAAGAUGAUGAAGGAACCAGCUUCAAUUUCAAUUAAUGCUAUAAAUCUUAUAUAGAAUUUAAAGAAAAAAAAAACAUCCCUUUUCAUUUAA